GUAAUUUCAGAUAAAUAAAACAAGCAGUCGAAUAAAUGAAAUACAUUUCCAUUAUUUAUGCACUCUGCAUAUAAAGUCACAUUGCAGCUGGUCAUCUUCUCCCUAUGUAACAUUUUCAUCAUUUUUCAUUAACAUUCCAUUUAUUAUCUUCAACCAUCUCCCUUCCUUCUCUCUCUUUCUCGCUCGCUGCAAUAUGGAUAGUCCGACGAGCAUACGAAGUAAACCACCACCGGAGAUUCUCUCCACGUGUGGUAGCCAACGACGGAGCAGCAGCAGCUGCGACUCCAACUCACCGGAAUUUGAGUUCUGGCGUCUAACGAACUCUUCAUUUCACCAGACCGAAACAGAACUUCUCACCGCCGACGAGCUUUUUCACGACGGCGUUAUUCUCCCUCUUCGCCUCCUCUCCAUCAAAUCCGACCCGAGUGCCUCGGAAUGCACCCCGGAUCCAUCUCCUUCUACUAGUACUUUGACUACAGAGCAAAAAAACGAGACUGAACCCGGUUUAGGAUCCGAGCUGACCCGGGAAACAACGGGUUCGAAGCGGUGGAGAGAUAUAUUCAAGAAGAGCGAAAACAAACCGGCCGGGAAGAAAGAGAAGCGGAAAGAGAAAAAAAAGAAUGAGAAGAAGAGCGGGUCGGGUCCGGGUACGGGUUCAGGUUCAGGAGCGGAGCUGAAUAUCAACAUUUGGCCUUUUUCAAGAAGCAGAUCCGCCGGUAACAACGGGACCCGACCCAGAAUAUCGUUCGGAGCUCCGACGACCCGGAAAGUCAGCAGCGCGCCGUGUUCCCGGAGCAACUCCACCGGCGAAUCGAAGUCUAGGAAAUGUCCGAGCAGUCCCGGUCGGAACGGCGUGCAUCUUGGUCGGAACAGUCCAGUCUUGCAAGUCCGACGUGGAAGUGGAGCUCCGACCGCGAAAACGAUAUCCGAGCGGGUGGGUAAAAGGGUAAUUCCCGAGGCGCGUAGGGGUAAAACUGGAAUGGAGAGCAAUAAAGCAAAAGUCAUAAACUUGAACGUGCCUCCUAUGUGCAUCGGUUAUAGCUGCAGUAGCGACGUGAGUGGAGAUGGUAACAUUGGGAGUGACGAUAAUAUCGCAAAUGUUAAUAAUCCCAAUGGUUUAUUUGGCUUUCGUAAUCUUUUCAUUAAGAAAGUUCAUUAGCGUUGGUAAGCUUUUGAGAGUGAUGAUUUGUCAAACCCUCUUAAUAGUCUCAAGGGUCCACUUUUAAUUUUUAAUUUGCUACUUUUGCUGUUUAAGACUACGAUGUGUGGAUUUGAGCAGAUUUUCUUGUUUGCUUAUAUUUCAUGUAAAUACUUUUUAAUAUAAACGUUUCAUGUAGCCA